AUGGCAAAGAAAUUCCUCACCAAAUUUUUCCCACCAUCUAAAACGUCACAACUAAGGGCUGAGAUUACUCAAUUUAGACAGAUGGAUUUUGAGCAAUUGUAUGAGGCAUGGGAUAGAUUUAAGGAGAUGCUCAGAAAAUGUCCUCAACAUGGCAUAGAGGAUUGGUUUCAGGUUCAACUAUUCUACAAUAGGCUCAAUGGUCCAACAAGAUCACAUAUUGAUGCCACAUCUGGUGGAACUAUUCUAUCAAAGACACCGACGGAAGCAUUAAUCUUGUUUGAGGAUAUGUCCAUGAAUAGUUGUCAAUGGCAUAGUGAGAGAUCAACAGUUAGAAAGGAAGUUGGGGUUUUUGAAGUAGACCAAAUAACUUCACUGAUGGCGCAGAUGUCUGCUUUGACAAAUCAGAUUAAGGGUCUAACUGAUAAUAAAGUAACGACAAGUCAAGAAACAGUGAAUUUGUCUCAAGCUUCUAGUUCAAAUGGGAUGAUAGAUGAACAAUGCCAAUAUGUCAAUCAGAACUACAACUUUAGGCCCAACAACAACUUGCCCACAUACUACCAUCCUAGCCUUCGUAAUCAUGAAAAAAUUUCCUAUGCCAAAAAUAGAAUCGUUCUCCAACCACCUCAAGAGCCACCUAGACAAAUGGGGGAGAAGCCUUCACCAUCACUUGAAGAGUUAUUGAAGACUUACAUAGUGGACUCCAAGGCAAGGCUAGAUCAACAUGACACUCGUCUCAACAAUAUUGAAACACAUUGUACUAAUAUGGGAGCAACGAUGAAGACAUUGGAAACACAAGUGGGUCAAUUGGCCAAUACUAUGAAGAAUCAAAUGUCUAGAUGUUUUCCAAGUGUUACAGAGAAGAUUCCAAAAGAGUGCAAUGUAAUCACUUUGAGGAGUGGAAAAGAAUUGGAUGCUCCUACAGUUAAGAAGAAAAAGGUCGAUGAGAUCCCAAUGAAUGGUGAGAAAGAAGAAGACAAGCAAAAGGAGGAGAUUUUGAAGAAAGAGUCAUUGGUGGCUAAUCCGAGUUCAAUUACUUUUCCGGACAACCCACCCAAGAUUACUACUCCAUUACCAUUUCCUCAAAGAUUUCGCAAGAAGGCGAUUGAUGAGAAAUUUGCAAAGUUCUUGAAUAUUUUCAAGAAAAUACAUAUUAACAUUCCUUUUGUAGAUGCCCUUGAACAAAUGCCAAACUACACUAAGUUUAUGAAGGAGGUAAUGUCUAAGAAGCAUAAGUUAGAGGAUUAUGAAACAGUGAAGCUAAUGGAAGAGUGUAGUGCCAUUAUCAAGAGCCAAUUACCAGAAAAGUUGAAAGAUCUGGGAAGUUUUACAAUUCCAUGUGUUAUUGGUGAGCUACAUAUUGAGAAGGCCUUAUGUGAUUUGGGUGCUAGUAUCAAUCUAAUGCCUCUCUCUAUCUUUCAGAAACUCAAUCUUGGAGAGGUCACACCAACUACUAUUUCCUUACAAUUGGCAGAUCGUUCUUUGACGUAUCCUAGAGGUAUCAUUGAAGAUGUUGUAUUGAAGAUUGAUGGUUCAUUUUUCCGGUUGAUUUUGUUGUGCUUGACAUGGAGGAAGACCAAUAAAUUCCUAUAA